AUGUAUGUUUUUAAAAGGGAUGGUCGUAAGGAACCUGUAAGGUUUGAUAAAAUUACAGCAAGAGUUCAAAGAUUAUCGUAUGGGUUAGAUUCAAAUCAUGUUGAACCGGUUGCAGUUACUCAAAAAGUCAUUUCAGGUGUUUAUCAAGGUGUUACCACUAUUGAAUUAGAUAAUUUAGCUGCUGAAACUGCUGCUACUAUGACUACUAUUCAUCCAGAUUAUGCUGUUUUGGCAGCAAGAAUUGCUGUUUCAAAUUUACAUAAACAAACAACUAAACAAUAUUCACAAGUUUCAAGACAAUUAUAUGAGUAUAUUAAUCCUAAAACUGAUAAACACUCACCUAUGAUUUCCGAGGAAACUUGGAAAAUCAUACAAGAACACGAAGAUGAGUUAAAUUCAGCUAUUGUUUAUGAUCGUGAUUUUAAUUAUAAUUAUUUUGGUUUUAAAACUUUAGAAAGAUCUUAUUUAUUAAGAAUUAAUGGUAAAGUUGCUGAAAGACCACAACAUUUAAUAAUGAGAGUUGCCAUUGGUAUUCAUGGUAAUGAUAUUCCAAGAGUUUUGGAAACUUAUAAUUUAAUGUCACAAAGAUAUUUUACUCAUGGUUCACCAUGUUUAUUUAAUGCUGGUACUCCAAAUCCACAAAUGUCUUCAUGUUUCUUAAUUGCUAUGAAAGACGAUUCAAUUGAAGGUAUAUAUGAUACUUUAAAAACUUGUGCUUUAAUUUCAAAAUCAGCUGGUGGUAUUGGUUUACACAUUCAUAAUAUUAGAUCUACUGGUGCUUAUAUUGCUGGUACAAAUGGUACAUCAAACGGUAUUAUUCCAAUGGUUAGAGUUUUCAAUAAUACUGCUAGAUAUGUAGAUCAAGGUGGUAAUAAAAGACCAGGUGCUUUUGCUUUAUAUAUUGAACCAUGGCAUAGUGAUAUUUUUGAUUUUAUUGAUAUUAGAAAAAAUCAUGGGAAAGAAGAAAUUAGAGCAAGAGAUUUAUUCCCUGCGUUAUGGGUUCCUGAUUUAUUCAUGAAAAGAGUUGAACAAAAUGGUAAUUGGACAUUAUUUUCACCAAAUGAAGCUCCUGGUUUAAGUGACGUUUACGGUGAUGAAUUUGUUGAAUUAUAUGAAAAAUAUGAAGCUGAAGGUAGAGGUAGACAAACUAUUAAAGCUCAAAAAUUAUGGUAUAGUAUUUUAGAAGCUCAAACUGAAACUGGUACUCCAUUCAUGUUAUAUAAAGAUGCAUGUAAUAAAAAAUCAAAUCAAAAGAAUUUAGGUACUAUUAAAUCUUCAAAUUUGUGUUGUGAAAUUGUUGAAUAUUCAGCUCCAGAUGAAGUUGCUGUUUGUAAUUUAGCUUCAAUUGCUUUACCAUCAUUUGUUGAACAAGAUGAAAAACAUUGUUGGUAUAACUUUAACAAAUUACAUGAUGUUACUAAAGUUGUCACAAGAAAUUUAAAUAGAGUUAUUGAUAGAAAUUAUUAUCCAGUUGAAGAAGCUAAAAACUCAAAUAUGAGACAUAGACCAAUUGCUUUAGGUGUUCAAGGUUUAGCUGAUGCAUUUAUGUCAUUAAGAAUACCAUUUGAUUCACAAGAAGCUAGAGAAUUAAAUAUUCAAAUUUUUGAAACUAUUUAUCAUGCAGCAGUUGAAGCUUCAAUUGAAUUAGCAAAAGAAGAAGGUGCGUAUGAAACUUAUCAAGGUUCACCAGCAUCAAAAGGUUUAUUACAAUUUGAUUUAUGGAAUAGAAAACCAACAGAAUUAUGGGAUUGGGAUUCAUUAAAACAAGAUUUAGCAAAACAUGGUAUGAGAAAUUCAUUAUUAGUUGCACCAAUGCCAACCGCUUCAACUUCACAAAUUUUAGGUAAUAAUGAAUGUUUUGAACCAUAUACUUCAAAUAUUUAUUCAAGAAGAGUUUUAGCAGGUGAAUUCCAAAUUGUUAAUCCAUUUUUAUUAAAAGAUUUAGUCGAUUUAGGAAUAUGGAAUGAUUCAAUGAAAAGUAGUAUUAUAAGUAACAAUGGUUCAAUUCAAGCAUUACCAAAUAUUCCAGAUGAAAUUAAAGCAUUAUAUAAAACAGUUUGGGAAAUUUCUCAAAAACAUAUAAUUGAUAUGGCUGCUGAUAGAGCUGCAUUUAUAGAUCAAUCACAAUCAUUAAAUAUUCAUAUUAAAGAUCCAACUAUGGGUAAAUUAACAAGUAUGCACUUUUAUGGUUGGAAGAAAGGUUUGAAAACUGGUAUGUACUAUUUAAGAACACAAGCUGCAUCUGCUGCUAUUCAAUUUACAAUUGAUAAAGAUGUUGCUGAUAGAGCUGGUUCAGCUAUUGCAUCAUUAGAUAAAUUAAAUAGAAGAAAAUAUUCAAGUAAAAAACUAAAUAAUGAUAGUGAAAUUAGUGAAUCACAAAGUAAAUCACCAUCAACUGAACCAACAUCAUUAGAAAAUUCAGUUGCUGAAUUGAAAAUUAAAGAAGAGUCAAAAGAUGAAGAUGAAACUUCAGUAGAAGAUAAAAGAACAAUAGAAGAAAUUGAAGCUGAUAUAUAUAGUUCAAAAGUUAUUGCUUGUGCUAUUGAUAAUCCUGAAUCAUGUACAAUGUGUUCAGGUUAG